GUCAGACUAUGUUCCAGAGGGUAUGCCGAAUCAUACCGAAUAUCUUGUAACAAUAUAAUCGCCUAUCGAAGGGCGUUCGAGAUGUGUCAGGACGAUAUGUUAGCACGUGAAAUGACAAAGUGUCGCUUAUAUCACUCACCCUGUCUUACUUCAUACUUCAUCCUUCAUUGUGACUGUGACUAACUACUAGAUGUCGUUGAAGGUGAGGAGGAAAAGGUGCAAACAAACGAAUGGUGCACAGGCGUAUAAGACUAUGUACAUGUGCCCCGACGUAUGGUAAUCAGCCUUCACUCAGCUAACAGGUGCACUUAUUACGACUCAUGCCGGCAAAAUGGCAUGAUAUGCGGAGUACAGCUUCAAGAUUUCACAUUUCACAAAGACGCCAGGGUAAAUCUCUCAAUUAUCAAAGAGGGGAGGGAGUCUCGACUAGACACAGACCAUGUUAGCCAUCGUCGGCCGACUUGGGUUAAGAGUAUCAAUUCGAGUGGUCUACAAGGACUCGUCCAGAAGUUCGAGCUGAUGAAAAGAGCUUAGGAAUUCAUUGCGAUCUCUUGGUCUAUCAGGAUAUUGGCACCACUCAAUCUUGCGUGUUCGAGUGAUGGUGAAUCGGGAGUACAUACUGCUAUGCGUUCCGACGACAAGGUUGCAGCUUCAAGCAGGAUCGACGACGGCAAUUCAAGUACUAUAGCGCUUGUGUCUUAUCACCCGCUUCAGUGACCAGUUGAUAGUCGUAUUCGUCAACAACAGCGGCUUUACUGAGCAACUCCUUGGAUCUUGGAUCAGCCCGCGCCUCUGCCAACCCGGCCCAGGGAAUAUUCGCGGUUUCAAACUCGUGAAGGGCCAAGCGCCGAGAAGCACCUUCCGUCAACGACGAAACGAGAUUGUAGCUGGUGGCGCGUCGAAAGCCUGGUGCUUUGUCCAGCUUCUCGACGUAUUCCUGGCGAUAUCACUCGUCGAAUCGGUCAUCCAAGCCUUCGGGUGGCUUAACCGACAAUGCCACAACAAAUUUUGUCCUUCCUGAGAUGACUUAGUGUCUGAGGCAAUUGAGAAUGGAGAGUGUGCGUGCCUGGCUUUUCUCCAGGAGCGUUGUGGAUGUAUUUGCGCUCGCAGAUCCUGAGAUCAAUCUUAGCGAGAUCAGGAUACAUAUGCCCCUUGAUUUCUGGGUGACCGCCGGGUUGCAUCCGGUUGAAUUCGUCGCUUUUGGUGAAGUUUAUGUCAUCUGUUGGGUAUACCACAAGCCAAGGCAGAGGAGCGGCGUCUGGGCCUACGGCCUCGAAUCGUAGAGCUGUUGGGAUGCCACUCGUCGCAACGACAUCGGGUAUAUGAAUGUUAUCGUACCAAGCGAGCAACACAUCAUCUGAGACCAGAUCCUGUCGCUCGUUCUUGGUGAAAGCAGCAAUAAUCCCUCGGACAGCCAAUUCUUACCAACGUCAGAUACAAUUGGGAGAUUGUGUCGUUCGACCCUGGGCUCCGCCUGGCUCGAUGGAUAGCUAUUUAAGAACCAUUACCCUGGAAUAAACCUAAACACUCGGACCUUCGACAUUCCCGCGCUCUCGAAUCUCACCUCCGUUCUUUGUCUCGGCCAAGUCGGUGGGCGGCAAAGAGAUGUAGUACUGGGGUUCGGGGAGAGCAUCGCCGGCCGAUGUUUCCCUCAGGAUUUAGCCGGUACGGAAUAGGACUAUGGAAAGCCGUCCCGGGAAAGCGACGUGAGUCCUGCAUUUGGUCCUUCUAAUCGCAUAGUACGACUCUGAACUUAUCCGCUGCAUCUCUUGCGUAGUUCAGUCACUCAGUUUCACCGCAAUGUCGCUGUCUGGAAAGGUAAUUGCACUGACGGGAGGUGCAUCUGGCAUCGGCCUAGCUGCUUCACGGUUGCUUGCGUCGAAAGGGGCAAACCUUUCAAUCGCCGAUGUCCAGGAGAAGGCUCUCAAACGAUCUGGCCGCAGGGCUGGAAAUGUCAGGUGUGGAAUUUCUCUCCACGGUCCUGGACGUCCGAGAUUGGGAAGCAGUGGAAUCUUGGGCAAAGGCGACAUCGCAGAAGUUUGGGAAAGUCGAUAGGUUAGUCACUCUAGCCGGUGUGGCUAGACAAGGGAUACUCAAGCACAAUAUUGAAGAGAUUGAGGAUAGUGACUGGGAAUGGGUGCUCGAUGUCAACGUCAAGGGGACUUUAAACACGUUGAGAGCUACGAUACCAAACAUCAACAGCGGAGGGUCUCUGGUCCUUAUCGCCAGUCUUGCCGACCUCCUUGGACAUGCACAAAACGCAGCUUACAUCUCCUCAAAACAUGCAGUCGUUGGGCUGGCAAGAUCUGCUACCUCCAAACUUGGACCUCGAAACAUCCGAGUCAACUGCGUCUGCCCAGGUCUAACUGCGACACCCCUUGUGGGAUGCCACUCAGGGACCAGGUUCCCAGAUGUUCGUCAAACUAAACCCCCUGCGAAGAGUUGGACAGCCAGAAGAGGUGGCCAACUUGAUUGAGUUUCUUUUGUCUGAUAACUCUUCCUUUAUAACGGGGACCACACAAGUUGUGGAUGGAGGCUUCCGGAAUCUAUAGAGACCUGCAACUAAAACAAAGAGCGUCGUAGAUUCGCUGGCAGAUAUUGUAUGUCCAUGGGCUCGCCUGUCCUGUGGAGGCCUACUCUUCAGCUGAAGCUGGCCCACCAUGGGACGAGGGUCCGGGGAUUCCAGAAGGUGACCCGGCGCUAGGGUGGGGCGGCAGCAUCUUGUGUCUGUUCGCCGGUGACAAUGAUCAUCGCCGUAUUUAUUGUUGACGGCGUGCAUGGCGUGAUCACUAGAUAGAUUCGGAGCGUGGUUUCACUCAAAUCUAGUAUCCGAGUCUCCCACCAAAGGAGAACACUUCUUGACCGCUAAGUGUAACCACCCAGAUAAGCGGUCCCACGAGUUUCGGUGACCAUGAUAUGGAAACCAUCUUCACUGGCGAUGCACGUCCAGUUGGCUAUGAUGUUGUGCCGGAUGUUCAGCGCCCUAGAAAGCGAGCUCGUCGGGGCCAUGUCUCUGAGGGCUGUCGCAAGCGGAAAGUCAAAGUGCGACAUUGCUGAAUGCAACCCGUGCACACCGUGCUCCAUAGCCAAGUGAGAAUGCACGUCGGGCAAAGACCAGGAGUAUUCAAUCCCAGUCCACGCUCAUGCUGAGUUUGCUAAGUUGGAUAGGAAUCAAAGCUUGAGGACGCUCCAUAGCCGCAGCUUUGCAGAUGGCCUUUACCCGGGAAGUGCAAUCAAAUUACCUGAUCUUGACAUCGUAGGCAGUCGGGAACUCGACAAGACCUGUGAGCACCAUCAGGGCGCUCAGCAAGAAAGUGAUUUUGACAAAUAAGGAUCAGCAAAACACCGCAGGGAGUGGUGCAAUUGAUAUUUUAUUCUCGACCGACGACGCGAUCUGGUCGAGAAAUCUGCACCAAAAAGCACGAGAGCAACGACUGCAGCCUCCCCCAGCGUUAUGGAGAUGCCUUCACCUGCGGUGUAGUGACUACGGACUACAACGUCUUCCGAGAAUCCAAUGACGCCGGACGGGAAUGGCGCUCAACGUCGGCAGGUGUUUGGAUCGGACAGACAUACACGACUAUCGAUGAUGACCGCAGUAGUUCCACGAGAUAUCUAGCUCACGGCCAGGGCGGGAAGUUUCUCUCUCUUGUCGACGACGCAACAACUCCUCAGUCCAACGAGGCCCUCCAGUGCGAGUUCCUCGCCGCGGUGUCGGUCGUGGUCGAAGGUAACAGAGUCCCGAGUGACAUGUUCAUCAAGGCGAUUGGAAGGACCCUGGAACAGGUGCAAGGUAAAAUGCCGCCCAGUUGGUACUCCUUCGGGGCCAAGGACGUGACCGACAGGAUCAAGAAGGCAGGGCGUGACUUACAGUGGCGGCGAUUCCUCUGAUGGAUCCGAACUCGGAGAGAGAGGGACGGCAACAAAUGGGAUGUGAAUGGCACUGGUCAACACGUAGAUAUAAACCCUGUGAGAAUGCCUUGAUGCUCCCCCAUCGAGGCAAAAGGCAAGCGCUGUCGAAUCAAGGUUACUAAUAAAUAGAUUCACCUCGGAUUCCGCUCGGAAUUACACAUUUUGAGGACAUGCCCUUUGAGACGUCUGACAUGGGAUCGAGGCUCGGGCUUUUUGAAACGAAAAUCACAGGUCGUUCAGCGUUGAUCAUAUACCAGUCAACAUCCCUCAAGACCUACUGCAGAAACAGCUCGACAGGAGCGUUCGCAACAAUUAUCACUUGUAGCGUGUCUGGCGGACGAGGACCGCGCCGGCCCUCGUGGAUACCUAGAACUACUUCGUCCGAGCGCUCAAUUGAGGUCAUAUUGGAGAGCACGGUCGUCUCAUAUACUGGAGAUAUCUAACUACGAGUAGGUCCCCUGCAAGAAUUUACAAUUCGGUUCGAAGUCGCAGAUACACCCGAAGAAAUGCUACAGCCCACGUUUUUUGUCUCCCAAUGUAUCCCAGAAGUAUGCUUCUCGCUCAAUCUAAAACAACUUCAAAAGAUGCCUUCCCAGCCCAUCACCUAGCUCGGCGUGGACUGGCUAUCUCCGCACUUUUCAGUGCGGGAGGCGCUGGGAGAUCCUUCAUGGGAGGUGGCGGCAACGGACCGCUUGGUGGAGGCGGCCGUACAGAUAGUGGUGGGCUUGUAAGCGGGUUUCUAUUCCCUACCAAGGAGUUGCUGCUGCUAGUCCUUGGUGGGAACAAAGGGCGCUGCGACGGCUCUAUUGCAGAAGCCGGCUCCGGGAUGUUGUCACG